AAGAUGGCUGCCUUGUCGCAGUUGCUUUUCUCUGCCAAACAAUACUGAGAAAAUUGAGAUAACCAACUAUUUUUACAUUUUUAUAAAGAAAAUUAGGUAGAUCUUAAUAAAUAACGUUAUAUUAACGUGCUAGUCAUUUUGAUAAUGUGAUAUUAAGUGUACCCAUGGCUUCCAAUGUGCAAGACUCGCCUGUUCAGCAGACAUUUGUGGAGGAGAUAGAUUACAAUGAAAUUCAGGAGUUAUCGGUGGUGGGCAAGGGAGCGUUUGGCGUAGUAUGGAAAGGUUUGUGGAGAAACACACUAGUAGCAGUAAAACACAUUAAUUCUGAGGCUGAGAAGCGGGAAUUUUCAAUAGAAGUGCGGCAAUUGUCUCGUGUGUCACACCCGAACAUCGUGCGGUUGUAUGGAGCGUGCACGAAGGGCGCCCACGUCUGUCUAGUCAUGGAGUACGCAGAGGGAGGCUCCUUAUACAAUGUGCUGCACAACCGCCCCAAACCUAAAUACAACGCAGCUCAUGCAAUGAGUUGGGCUCGUCAAUGCGCCGAGGGUGUAGCAUACCUCCAUGCGAUGAAACCCAAGCCAUUGAUACACAGAGAUUUAAAACCACCCAACUUGUUGCUGGUGGGAGGAGGGCAAAGGCUAAAGAUCUGUGACUUUGGAACUGCUGCAGAUAAAGCUACUUACAUGACAAAUAACAAAGGCAGUGCUGCGUGGAUGGCACCUGAGGUGUUUGAAGGAUCAACAUAUACUGAGAAAUGUGAUGUGUUCUCAUGGGGUAUUAUACUAUGGGAAGUACUGUCGCGGAGGAAACCUUUCGAGGAAGGAGGGUCAGCUUUUAGGAUAAUGUGGGCUGUGCAUACAGGUCAAAGGCCAAACUUGAUAGAGGGUUGUCCUGAGCCAAUAGAGCAGUUAAUGACACAAUGUUGGCACAAAGUUCCUGCGGAGCGACCCAGCAUGGCUAAAGUGGUAGACAUAAUGUCAGCGCUGUGCGAGUUCUUCCCCGGCGCGGACACGCCCAUCAACUACGACGACUGCGAGGACGAGGACGAGGAGUGCUCGGAGGACGAGUACAUGCAAUACGACACUCAAGACAGCCUCGACACCGACACUGACCAGGGCAUACUGUCACAAGUACACAUCCCGACACAGUACCCCGACACCACCGCCUCCAACCCCGUACUGCUCCGAAACAUCGACCAUACCAUCCAGCCGCCCCGGCCUCGCAGCUUCGUCGAAACUCAAGUGAGUAAGCUACAGAACUUAAUGGCCGCCGAGGCGCAUCCCAAAACCUCGGCCUUACCUAAAGAUGAACCGGAUGUACAUAACAGAAUAGGACCGGUUCGGAUCCCACAGCAAUUUAAAAAGCCCGAAGCAUAUACGGAAGCGGGACGGUCGGCCGUGACCAUCAACAGGACGUCGAGCUCGCCCGGGCCCGAGCGCGCCGCCGCCAGCGAGGCCAGCACGCCGCAGGAGUCGCUGCUGGCGCGCAGCCCCGCCGUCUUCAGCGACACGUCCUCGCCGCGCCGACUGUCGCCCAUCGCCAACUACAACGUGGGCAACAUGAACCCGCGCCACAUCGACAUGGACCACUACUGGAGCCGCGAGAACGACAAGCUGUCCACGCGCAGCCCGUCCGUCACCAGCAACUCCAACUCCGUGAGGAAGGAGGACUACAACCAGAAUUACUGUGACAGGCUGAGCGCCGCCAACAGUCCCAUGACGCCCGUCAAAGAGUACAACGGGAAUCUGUCUCAGAGACCGAUCGAUCCGAGAUAUCAAACGCCAUUACAGAUCGAAGUGGAUCCAAAUUCGUGGGAGUUGCUCGACGUGCCGAUCAGUUAUGAUGAUUAUGUGGAAGUGAGAAAUUCUGCUGGCUUUGAUAAAUACUAUACAGUGGGUAACAGUAGUGCGUCGACAGGGGGCGAAGGCGCCGCGCCGCCGCCCUCGGAGCCCGACCCGGCGCUGGACUCCAUGCACAUGAUGCUGGACCCGCACCUCAGGCCUAUCUCCCCGGACCUCAACAACGAGGAGUCCAAGAGAAUAUUCGAAGAACACAAACAACUUGCGCAGGAGUACCUAAAGAUACAGACUGAGUUCGCGUACCUCAGCAACCAUAAAGCAGAGCUAGAGGAGAAGAUGGACGACGACGAGUUACGGCAGAAGAGAGAGAUUAUACAGUUAGAGAAAGAAAAGGACUCAUUGAUCAAGCUAUACUGCAGCCUAAAGAAGCAGUUGGCGCGUGCAGAGAACGACAGCUGGCUACAUCCAGAGGAGAUGCCGCACGAGUGAGCGCGCCGCGCGCCGCUCCCGGGGACCACUGUGACGUGCACCAUAUGUGUCAUUGAUCUCAACAUACCAAAUGAGCCUUCGACUUUUCGUUCUCUCCUUAUUUACAGGUUUAGUUUAUAAUACAUUAUACACGUAUAUUUAAUAACACUUGUACUCGACAAUAACAGUGUUUACGCGGCAGUAUAAACUUAUAUCACGUCAUCAAACGGCGCAACGUUUUCGUCAUGUAAUUUAGUCAAUGCGCAGACGCCGCUUCAGUACAUGUAUAGUACCGUCAUGUAUUGUAUAGUUUCGUAACCUUGACAUUGUAUCAGUUUUGUUAUUUUACUUAAAACUUUUCUUUAUAUCUUCACUAACUUUACCACCGUAAACAACUAAUGUAUUUGUCGUUUUAAAAAAGCACGUUUUAGUGCUUUAUAUGUGAGUGUUACCCAAUGUAUUGAAGUAGUUUGUCAUACUUUUAUACGAGAGUAUAGAAAUGUUUAUGCAAUAUUGUUUUAUCUCAUUUGAUCAUUUUAUUAAAGAGUGUGGUAUGCAUUUGUUUUGAUUGUAUAAAUGUAAGAUAGUAUAUAGCAGUAUUAGGUAAGUUAAAUUAUGUUAAGUUUAAUAAAUUUUUGUGAAAUA